AUGCAGAGUGUUAACAUUGUGAGCACUAACUAUUCCAGAUAUGGGGUUUCUGUCUAUGACAGAUUAUACCGGAAGGAUAAGAACGUUUCUGCUAAACAUAGGCCUUCCUCUACUGGUGUUUAUGGGCACGAUGCAAGUACUGUGGAUCAUGCCAGUAGGUCUAACAAUAAUUUGAACUUGACAAGGUCCACUUCUGCCAUUUCAGAAUCCGAUGACGUUGCUACUAUUUCUACGAAUAACUCCAGAAGGUCAGUGAUCAAGCGGAAAUAUAAGUCGCUGAUAACUGCAUCCUCAAAGAAAUUAAUCACGAAGCUAUAUGAACAUGGUUCCAACAGUGAUUCCUUUUCCAUAUUCUCGCAUAAGACUUCGCAAUCACACCAUCCGGCCCAACGAUUGGGAACAGAGGAAGAUUUAAUCAUAAAUGACUUAUUCAAACGGAAGGAAAUAUCAGACUUGCCUGAUGAAGUCCUGAGGAAUAUCUUGAGUAAUGUUAAAGACGACCAAAGAACCUUGGUCAACUGCCUUUAUGUGAAUAAAGCGUUCUAUAAUGCUACAAAACCAACUCUAUAUGAGCGUCCUAAGUUUACUUCAACAUAUCGAGUUGCUCAGUUUGUUACCUCCAUUAGAACUAAUCCACAGAAUGGUCUCUAUGUGAGGGAAUUAGAUUUAUCUAAACUGAAAAACGGAUCCCUAAAUGGGAAAAGCACCUCCAAUACUGGUGUAGUAGCAGAUUCUCCGGAUGUGGAUGAAUACAAUCCUAUGCGUACUAGGACGGGCUCGGUGACAAGUUUUACCUCUGUUACCUCCACUGCUAAUUCAAACACUGCUCUAUCGAUCACGACCAAUAAUAAGGAUGUCGCAUUAGCUGGAUGGAGAGAUUGGAGAUACAGACACGAUCCAUUGUACUCGUCACCAGUACUUAACAGCUACAACGCCAAGAGAACUGUGUCUAGAGCACCUUCUAUAAAGUCUUCACACUCAAGCUCAUCAUUAACUCUAUUUCCGGGCUUGAAGUCUAAGGAAAGCUUCGCACAACUUUCCGAAGGUAAAAGUUCUGACAAUGGGAACAAUGGCAAAAGACAACGCUCUAACAGCUCUGUAUCAUCGAUUACAAACAGUUUAAUGUCCUCUUUGUACAAUGGGUCACAUAUCUCUUUAAAUACCACUCUCUCAGGCUCCGACAACAAUAGCAGCAAAACACAAUCAAAAGGGAAAUCCUCAUCAUCACCUGGAAAUCCUAAUGAUUCCUCUGGGGAGCAAGAUAGUAUUAUAUCAAGCAGUUCUCAAAUUGAUACUAACACCUUUGGCAUGACUUCUAGCAAAAGUACAAGUUCAACUUCAAACUGGUUCAGAAUGAAAUUACAUGGCAACGGUACCAGAAAGUUGAGAUUGAGAAGCAACAAGGCAAUAAGCUCUAAGAAAGAUGAACAACAAAACGAAGAAUCUGCUCAGACAGCACAAAAAAUUGAGACUCCAAUUAUAAAGAGAACAGAACCCUUCUCAACGCCACAUCCGUACACAAAUAAGUUCCUGCUGAAAUAUGCACAAUACAAAGAUUUACCACUUGGGUAUAUUUUACAUAUUUUAGAUCACUGCCCAUACCUAUACAUACUGGACCUUUCAAAUUUGACGUUGUGCACAGAUUUUGAGAUAAUUGAAGGACGCCGUUAUAAGGGAAGGAAACAGAGGUUUGGUUCAUCCAGAGCUCUUCCUGUUGUUCAAGAAUCAGUGAUUUCUACCGAUGUCCCUAAUGAUCUCGACGUUAUCUACUUGACCGAUUCGAGCAAAACAUACGAGUAUUAUGACCGCCUUAGAAAUACAAACAAACAUAAGCGCUCAUCUAGCUCAAAUAAUCUAUGGUCGAUACCCAAUCAAGGAUGGUCUGAUGCUCCAGCCCCUAUAGGAUCCCAUAAAAAUGAUCUAAGAAGAACACAUUCGCAAACAAUUGGCAGAUCAAAUGUAGAGCUACGAAAGCUAAAUGCCUCAGAAAUUUUUGAGCAUAUCGCAACAAAUCAAAAAUCGGCGUACAACACACAUUUGCGUGUAUAUAUGAAAAACGUUUUGUGGUGCACCCAAGAUAUGGUAAAGAGCUUUGUAUUAGAAAACUUUGAUCAACAAGCUGAAAAUUUAGGUGAAGACAAAUCAUCUGAAAUGUUCAUUCAUGACAUGAAUUUCAGUUUUGAAAACUCUGGUUUAAAUAGGAAUUUUGUUUGGACCUGUGAAGGUAAUCUUCAAGAAUUUAUCGCAAUGGUGGUGCUGGAUGAAGUAAAUAGAAAAGAUGAUCUUGAGAUAGAAAAUUUAUUCAAUAUAAAAGCUGAACGAAUUUUGACUCCUACCAAUGGACCAGAGAGAGCUCCCGAAGUUCAUUAUAUCUCAAAUGUAUUUACUGUUUCAUAUGGAUUUCAAAGUAAUAAGAAAAGGGAAAUGAAGUUCAGGGUCACUAUUCUGAAGACAGAUACUCCGAUGUAUUUUAGUAUCAAGAAACUCGCUGACGAUUAUACUUCUGUUGUGAUCAAGCUUCAGACAAAUAAAAAUGUUGCACUACAUGGAUCUGAAACUGCAGAUAUAAUUACUACAGAUCAGGGCAGUGUUCUACCAGAAGAUGUACCAGAGGAUAACAAUGCGGAUGAUACAAAUAAUGGUGAAAACACAAUUGCCCAACCCUUUUCCAACGAUCCCAAAGAAAGGAUUGAAAGAAUCACACAAGAAAUUGUUGCUAGGCUGAAGGAUUUAAGAGGAUCGGACUUGAGAAGGAAUAUAGGUGAGAACAAUUAUGUGAGAGAGAGAUUUCUCUUGUAG